AUAUUAACAUAAAAGACGUUCAUUUGCUAUAAUCAUGAAAAUCUGUUACGGAAUGAUUUACGUGUUGUGAAAUUAUUUCCACUUAACGAAUAUAUUAUAAGUUAAUCGCCGCGCGAUUAACUUUGUCCUGAUAACUGUAAAAUUGUUAUCUGUAUUAUUACAUAAUAAUGUGUAGUACGCAUAUUACUGUUAUCUUCUACUUUAUUGAUUUUUCAACUGAUUGUCUGAUCGAUCACAUGCCACUCCGUUGGAACAAAAUUCCCCCUCUAUGAAUUGUCUAGUGUACUUUUCCACAAGAGUAGAAAAAGAGGCGAGUGGGGUAAGAAGUGAAUAGCGUGCUAAUCAGAGCUUAGUCACUCUCUAGAACGGACAGUAGUAUAAUAGUAAGACAAAGUCGUUAGUGUGAACAUUAUCUAUCUUGGCGAUUAGUGAUCAAUGGCAAUUAGUGCUAAUGUGAUGAUGAGAUUUAAUUAUUAAUGAGCGGUAUAACUCUCUUAGCAGGUAUCGUAUCUUCUCGCAAUAUUCUGAUCCAUUCACGCUGCAUCACAUGAGGGACGAUUCGUGCGAAAGAUGACAGAAAUUCAGAAAAAGAAUGUUACGAAACAGGCUCUAGAUGGUGGCUGGGGUUGGUUCGCUUGUCUCGGAAGCAGUCUGGUUAAUCUCUCUUUGCGAUCUUUGGAUCCAUCCUUUGGCCUGCUUUUCAAAGAUCUGCUAGAAGAUCUCAAUGUUGGAUCUACCGGGACAUCAGUUAUAAUGGGUGUUUUAGACGCUAUUGUAAAUUUUUCAGGUUUUCUAGUUGGACCUUUAUUAAAAAAGUAUUCUUAUCGACAAGUUGCAUUCUUUGGAUCUUUCAUCAGUUGUAUUGGAUUGAUACUUACGUCAAGAGCUAAUAGUAUGCUGUAUAUUAUAUGCACCUACAGUAUUUUAGGAGGUUUAGGCACUGGUCUUGCGACGGCGUCCACUUUUGUCGCACUAAACACGUUUUUUUAUAAAAAACGUGGACAAGCCGUAGGCUUUUCCAUGGCAGGAACUGCACUUGCAAUGAUGUGCAUGCCACAACUAGUACAUAUGUUACUAGAAUUAUAUGGCUUCCGCGGCACAACUCUUAUUAUUGGAGGUUGCGCACUGCAUUCUUUAGUAGGAUCAUGUUUAUUACGUCCAUUUGAAAAACAACCAUCAGUACCAUCUCCCGCAGUUAAAUCUCAGGAAAAUAUUGAGAAGCGAGAGAGCGAAGCUUUAUUAACGAUAAACAAUCCUGGGGAACGUAAGAUGUCAAACGGGUCCAUGUGGACCAGGGAUCAAAACGCGGAAGACAAGAAAUCGAAAGUCCAGCCUAAGAAUGAAUCAUUCAUGAAGAAGAUAAAAACAACUUUCGAUUUGGAUCUUCUGAAGGACUCCAUUUACUUAAACAUCUCCAUAGGUUGCAGUCUUUUCUACGUGGCUGAGACAAACUUCAAACUGAUGACUCCCUUUUUCCUGAUGAAUAUUGGAAUGACCAAGGCGGAGGUUGCAUUUUGCCUGUCUUUGACUGCACUUGCUGACAUCUUUGCCAGAUUGUCGCUAUCAAUACUUUUCGACAGAUUUGGAUGGAAAAAGCGCAUGAUUUUCUGGAUCUUCUGCCUUCUCGUCGGAAUCUCACGUUCUACAUUAGCAGAACAGUCGGAAAGGAUACCACUGAUCGUUAUGCUCGUAAUAGCCGGAUUCUUCCGUGGUGCUACACUGAUCAAUUUUAAUCUGUGCAUAUCAGAGUGUUGUACUCUGAAGCAGUUACCGAGCGCCGUUGGCAUAUUUAUGGUGUUUAAAGGACUUUUCGUAGUCACUAUGAGUCCUUUAAUCGGAUACAUCAGGGAUGUCAGCAAUAAUUACAAGAUCUGCAUUCAUAUAAUGACAGCUAUAAUAUUCAUCAUGUCCAUCUUAUGGAGCGUUGAGUUUUCAUACACUGCCCUUCGUAAACGUCGGCUUGCUCAGCAGUUACAAUCGCAUAUACUGGAAUAGUAAUCUAAUCUACUAGCUGUGCUGCCGAUUCAACAAUGUUUCGGCCUUAUCUUCGCGGAGCGUUUUGCAAACCUUGGCAUCGCCGCCACGCAAACAAGUCUCAUUCUCCAUCUUAAUGGGACAAUUACGUGCAGUCUAGGCCUGAUAAGCGGCCCAAUGAUGAAAAGAUUUACUUUUCGUCAAGUCGCAUAUUUCGGUAGUUUAACGGUCGUCCUUGGAAUCUGCGCCGCUGCCUUUGCCACAUCUAUACCAACUCUCAUUAUCACUUAUUGCGUUAUCAUUGGUAUUGGACAAGGAAUCAUUUUUCCAGCGACAACUUUAGCUCUGAACACAUAUUUUCGCAAGAAACGUAACAUAGCGAUGGGUUUCGCGGUCACGAUGACCGGUUUGGGCCCAAUUUUAAUGCCCCUUCUGAUAGAUAUACUUCUUGAAAAUUACGCCACAACGGGUACUAUCUUAAUUCUUGCUGGGAUCGCCACACAUUCCCUCGCUGGUGCAUCAUUAUUAAGACCAUUUGAAGAGAAGCAGAAAGAGAUUCUGAUAGACAAAACUAACGAUGUAAUGAAGGAAGAAAACAGCGUGAGAAAAAUAGAAGAUACUGAAAAUGAGGCGGAUUUAGAGAGCAACUCAGUUCGAUUAUUAAACGAGACGAACAUUGAAGAGAAGAGGCAUUCAAUACAUUACUUGGAAAACAAUAAUGCAGAAUCGAAGGAAAAUAAAAAAAUCUCGUUUCUUAGAAGAGUCGCUGCAAGCUUGGAUCUCGAUCUUCUCCGUGACAGGCAUUACAUAGCAAUAGUCUUAGGCAUGAGUAUCUCAUUAGUGGCUGAAACAAAUUUCAAUGCAAUGAUACCUUUCGUCCUGGCCGAACUGGCCAGUCUGGACAGAACGUCGAUAGCUACAGUGAUGUCGAUUCAAGCUGCUGCAGAUAUUACGGGACGACUUUGCGUACCAUUGUUAGCGCAAAAAGCCGGCUGGACGUGUAGGAACCUUUAUGUAAUAUCUCUAUUGGGAUCUAUCCUUGGGAGGACUCUUUUAUCAACAUGGGGCAACUUCUACGUCAUUAUAAUCGGGAUAUUCCUGAUCAUCGGUCUAGCGAAGGGAACCAAGGCCGUAUUUCAAGCACUAAUCAUUCCCGAUUAUGUGCCACUAGAAAGAUUACCGACUGCAUCCGGUAUACAGAUGGUUUGCAAUGGCAUUCUAUCUAUCAGCGUGGGACCAAUUAUAGGCUUGGUGCAUGACUCGACGAAUAGUUACGUGGGUGCACUAUAUUUCACGUCCUUCCUCAGCCUAUUCUGUGUCUUCCUAUGGUUAAUAGGUGGACUUUGGACUCCCUGCGGCAAUAUUUUAAGAUCAAAUAAAGCAACUUCAUCAGAGGAACAAGAAAAUAUUUCCAAUAAUUAACUAAUAUAAUUAAUUAAUUUGACAGCCUUUAAAAUUUUUUAUUUUU